GAAGUGCCACCGUGUGAUGAUGACAUGGUGUCGCUACUCUCUACGCCGACAUUACAAUAUCCGAGAUCUUUUUAUUUUGAUCCAAUCGAACGUGAAUGCCAAUCCGGUAGUGCAACAACCGCAACAACUGGAAAAAUGAAGAUGGCGGACGGACCUACGAUUAUCAGAAGGAACAGGCCCGGAACUGCGGCAAAGGACUUCUGUAGGUGGCCUGAUGAACCUUUCGAGGAAAUGGACAGCACACUGGCUGUGCAGCAAUACAUACAACAGAUGAUUAGGAAAGAUCCAUCUAAUGUUGACUUGAUAUUGAAGAUGCCAGAGGCACAAGACGAGGCAGUGUGGAAGUACGAGCAUUUAAGACAGUUUUGUAUGGAACUGAAUGGUUUAACAGUAAGACUGCAAGCAGAGUGUCACCCAGAUACUUGUACUCAAAUGACAGCAACUGAGCAAUGGAUAUUUUUGUGUGCCGCUCACAAAACACCGAAAGAAUGUCCAGCUAUUGAUUAUACGAGACACACACUUGAUGGGGCAGCAUGUUUACUUAAUAGCAACAAAUACUUUCCUAGCAGAGUAAGUAUUAAAGAAUCGUCAGUAGCUAAACUUGGAUCUGUUAGUCGACGAGUAUACAGAAUUUUUUCUCAUGCGUACUAUCAUCAUAGAACAAUAUUUGAUGAAUUUGAGAACGAGACUUUUUUAUGCCACAGGUUUACAGCAUUUGUGAUAAAAUAUAGUUUAAUGUCAAAAGAGAAUUUGAUAGUACCAAUUAUGGAAGAAGAUGGAACAACAGAAAGCGAAGCCUAGGAGUUGAACAUUUAUCUAUAUUGCCCGAAAUCAGUUUCUCAGAUUUAAUAAGAAUACUAGUAAUUCCAAUGACACGCUGCUGAAAUUAUUCUUGUGGUGUCCUUGCUACAAGAAUACGGAAAAUGUUUUGGUAAUUUGUUCAAGAGCAUAUUACAAGAAUUUCUUGUUAUUGACCGGAUUAAAAAUAAAACUGAUGCUAGUAUAAGUUUUUCAUUCCGAGAUUUAUUGUACAAAGCAAAUUUUCAUGUUUAAACAAAAUAUUUAUCAUUUAAAAGGUAUAACGAUGCAUUAAAUUUAAACAAUUUA